AUGAGCCAAACAAUUGAGGCAGAAGAAUCUCCGAAGGUGCUGGACCAAUCCAGCACCUCUGAACAAGGCUCGUCGGCCUCCGACCGCAAAAAGGAGAGGCGCGUGAGAUGGAAGACCGAUCUGAUCAUAUUGCCAUUACUCGUCUCGAUCCAUUUUCUUGCGCAGAUGGGCCGCUCGGAUCUUGCCAAUGCAAAGGUCGCGGGUAUGGAAGAGGAUCUCCAUCUCACGCCUAGCAUGUAUAGCUUGACUGCAAGCAUUUUCCUCGUCGGCUACCUUGUCUUCCAGCUGCCGGCGAUGCUCCUGAUGCGCAAGGUUGGGCCUCCAGUCGAGUUUGCCUGUGCGAUGAUUGUGUGGGGAGUAGUGACGGUUUGUACGAUGAAAGCAACCAACCAGGCUCAACUCAUGGUCUGCCGCACGCUCAUCGGUGCGUCUGAAGCAUUCAUCCAAGGUGCUGUGCUGUACCUGUCGUUUUGGUAUCCAUAUACUGAAUUGGCGACUCGUGGUGCGAUAUUCUACUCCUCUGUCGCACUUGCUGGGUCUUUCAAUGGCUUACUUGCCUAUCUUAUUGAGGGAAACCUCGAUGGUGCCAAUGGAUGGGCUGCGUAUUUUAGGAUCUUCUUCAUCGAAGGGCUCGUUCCAAUGGUAUGGGCAUUUGUCAUCCUGAUACUACUACCAUCAACCCCCGAAACAGUAAAAUGGUAUUUCAAGGCGGAAGAGAAAGAGAUCGUUAUUCGACGCAGUCGAGCGGCUCACAACACUGGCGAAAGCAAAAUCAUUCCAAGACUGAUAUUCAAGGUUCUGACGCAACCCCAAUUUUGGAUGGUGGCGCUCAUCGACUCUGGUUCGCACUUCUGCACGACUUCCUUUUCGAACUUCGUACCAGAUAUCAUCAAAGGGCUUGGCUUUGAGAGCAUACAAGCCCAGUUGAUGACCGUCAUCGUGUAUGCAUCUGCAUUUGUCGGCAUCAUCAUAGCCGCUCGUAUCGCCGACAAGACCCAAAAAAGGGGUAUCUUAAUCAGUAUAUGUGCCUCCUACGCCGUGGUAGGAUAUAUCUUGCUCUUGACAGUCACGAACAAUACCAUACGGCUUGUAGGGACAUGUAUCGUGGCGGCAGGAGUCUAUCCCAUCACUCUCCUCAGUUUGGUGUGGGUGGCCACUAACAAUGUCGGAUAUACAUAUCGCGCCAGCACAGCUGGCUUGAUCAAUGUUUUUGCACAACUCGUUGCAAUAUCGAGCAAUUUCGCAUAUAGUGACCCGCCAUAUUAUCAACAAGGCUUGGCCAUAUCGUUGGCGAUGGUGUCGAUGUCUGGCUUGGUGGCAGGCUUGCAAUGGCUAUACCUUCGUCGAAUGAACAGGAAAAAGGCCGAGCAGCAGUACUCUGCCGAGGCUAACAACAAGAGGAGCCUCAGUAUAGAUGAGAUUGGAAACGCACAUCCUGACUUCUUCUUCUCCUAUUGA